AUGAGUCGACCGCAGCACAGCCUCUCUGAAUGGAAAUCACCAAAUGAAAAUCCCAAACCACAUCGGGAUUCAAACCUGGGCCCUUCAGUUCAAGAAGCCGGCACCUCACCUCUGAGCCACCAAGCCUCGCCUUGGCUUCGCGUGAAAGACUGCUCUGUUCAAGAUAAGAACCUUAAACGUAAACGACUUCGCUAUUCCUUGUCUGAACUGUUGUGUGUUAUUACUUGCUGACGGGAAGUGAAAAGAAGAAGAAGCAGCUGGAUUAAUUAAUACAGUUGUUUACGAAAAGUAACCAAACCUAUUUAACAUGUUUUUAAAAAGAAAUGAAACAACACGUAUUCUGAAAAUGUUAUUUAUCUUCAGUGAUCCUAAUUCUAUCUCUGGCACAUCAAAAGACCAAAUGAGAAAUAUAUUAGUUUUUAGAAAUAAAAAUUUUGGGGGAAGGAAACAACAGCAACUUUAGAUCAACUUCGCCAGCAUCAUCUUAAAUUAGACACUCAGACGCGAUAAGUAGAAAACAACUAUUAUACCGCAAUCAAAAUUUCUGUUUUUUCAUAAUCCAUCUUUCUUAAGACAAAAUUUCGACUACAAUUAAGUGUAAACAUCAGGUUCGUGAGAUUGGUCAAGCAACAUGUCUUAGGAGCCAAGAUCGGGAGGGGGGCGAAAUUAGGCGGGAAGACAAAGUAGCAAAGGCUCUGAGCAUGGAGUACUUUAGCCUCAUCCCCACGUAGUAAUUUUCGUUCCACGCAUUUCGUUGUGAAAAGCUUGAUUUUUACGUUCUGUGAUACAUUUUUAAACCACAAUAAGGCCUCAGAUUUUUCCAGGCGACAAUUUGAACCAUCGUCAAGGCAUACAAGAAAUUAAUGAUUGCCGUGCAAAUAAAAGAGGCUAAUGAACAGAUAUUUUUAUUUGUAAUAAAAUUUGACUUUUUGUACCGCGUUGUAAAUUAUUGUAUUGUGAGGAAUAGCAGUGGCGGCUGCUGGUAAAUGCACAGUUGCACGUGCACCCUCAUAAUUCUUGUUACAAUUUAAUUAUAAUUCUGAAUCAGCAGUGGCCAGAACAAAUUUAACAAUUUGGCUGUAAUUCUUGUCACUAGGAUAUAUUAUGUAUCAAUAUUAUGACUGCUCAGUAUUGUUUCUAUUAUGUUGAGCGCAGGAUAUGACA